AUGACUGACCCUAAGAAGCCUCCACGCGCAAACCCGCCGAAAGCCAAGGUAAAGGCUGGCCGAAGAGGCUCCCUAGUGAAGCAGCCCAAGCGCGCAAACUCAUCACUGCCUCCAAGACCCUUGAGCGUAGCCGGCUCAGGUUCCUCGUCCACGCCCGGAAUCGCACCUACGUUGCCGUUGCCUUCAGCCGCCGGCAUCAUGUCACAACGUCACAGGAGCGGCCGCGGCUCGAAUCGCAACAAUGGCGGUGGCCACGGUGAGGAGGUCCAGCUCUGGGAAAUGGCCAAGCAGCAGAUCCACGAGGUCGUUACCGGCGUCAACACGGAGAAUGACAACUUGGCCGAACUGCUCAAGCUCGACGCCAAGACGGCAACCGCUACUAAGAAUGGCGGCGGUCCCACCGGAGCAGACCUCGCAACAAUGGAGCAACUCUGUCGGUCCGGUGUGAGGCUGUCGGAGACCAAUUCGAACACCAUUCGCGCUCUCAUUGAACAGCUCACGCUUCUCAAAGCAGUCCAACAGGCCAACCACAAGGAAGCUACCGAGGCCCUGGCCGCGCCGACGGCGUCACGCACUGGCGGCUCGUCGCGGAACCGCGAGACGGCGAGCGCCGCCGCCGCCGCCGCCGCGGCGUCCUCCCUGUACGACUUUGACGGCGCGGGGGACUCACCGGUCCCUAGCCCCAUCUCCAGUGGGCGAAAGUACGGGGACCGGUCGAGCAAUCGAGACAGCGCGAGAGACAGCAACCGGGACAGCAAUCGAGACAGCAUCCCUCCCAAAGCCGAUAGUGUUGAGCCGCAGGGAUCCACGGGCAGUGGCACAGCCGGCUCAUCUUCGGGGGUGCUGCCGGGGUCAACGACGGCUGGCAACGGGCCCCGCGGCAAGAUCACCUUUUCCAAAGGUGACAAGGUGGCGUUCAAGCGCAAGAAGGAAGAGCCGCAACAAGGAGAUCCGCCGUAUGACUGGAUACUCGGCGAAGUUGUCGGCGUCAUUGGCGAAGGCAAGAGCCGGCGGUACAAGUGCCUGGACGUGGAGCCGGAGGACCCGGCCAAGGCCCAAAGAGUUUAA